AUGUCUUCGCAACUUCCAUCUUCUAAAGCAGUCACGCAAAAGAAUGCUAAAAAAGGCCCCAAAAAGGAUUACAUCGAAGAGAUCGAGAGACAAGCAGGGAAAGAAUUCCAGACGCACCUGGACAAGCUCAAAGCGGCUCCACUGGAAUCUAAGGCCUCGUCGACUGCUCUGGCUUAUAAAGCAGAGAACAAGAGGAGGAAGGAUUGGAUAAUUGAGAAGAGACUUCCGUUGAAUGAGUCUUCCUUUUUGUUGUAUUUGGUCGAUCGAGCGAAAGGAAUUGGAAGCAGCGCUCUGUCGAAAAUAUCGGCUGCAUAUCAAGCUGCAAACCAAGGAAUUUCGGCCAUCGGAGCAACUUUCGUUUCGGACGUAAUCAAGUCAAAGAGGAGGGAGGAGGUUCAGGGCAAGAAGACUGUAGUUGAGGUGACCAUUCAAGACGUCGAGAAGAUCACCAAACUAGCGAUGGACGAGAUUACUCCGGCCAGAGAUCGAUAUGCACUGUUGGCAAUCUUUUCCUUUCACGUCAUGCUGAGAGCUUCGGAAGCCGCCGAGAUCAAGUGGGAAGGAGUGACGCAAAAAGAUGGGAUGAUUGAGGUACACGUGGAGAAGGCCAAGAAUGACCAGUGGAGACUAGGACGAUCAUCGUUCUUCAACUAUGAUCCAGGAAGUGACGCGGAUAUUCUCAUGUGUAGAUGGAGGAUUCACUCAAGAGGAAAGUGUCCGUACGUUUUCUCGAAUCUUGAUGGUUCAAAGAAACUGACGAAAUCGUCGAUCUCUGCACUAGCCACUAAGAUGCUGGCGGCAAUUGGAAAAUCUGGAGCCACCCAUCACGCUUUCCGGAGAGGAGGAGCGAAUCACAUGAGGGCGACAGGAUAUUCAAUGGAGGAGAUUCAAUCAAGAGGGAGAUGGAGAUCGCUGGCAGGUCUACAACGAUACAUCAAGGAUGUGCCGAGAGCCCAAGGAUGCCUGCAUCCCCAAGAGAACGGAAUUGGAGUCGAGGAGGACGACGAAGAUUUCGAGUAA